GGGCUGAUGUCUGUCAGCCGGGCAGGCAGAGCCAUGGUGGAGGAUAGCGGUUUUCACACUGUUUGGGAGUAGGUGAAGUGAAGGUAGAAGCAGCUGCGCUGGCUGAGGAGCGCCCCUCACCCCUGCCCAAAGCCCCACGGACACACUUGAAGACCGCUGAGAAGGGUGUGGGAGUUGGGCGCAUGUGGCGCUCAGGCUGCCUUCGGGAGUCUGGGCCAUCAUGUCCACGCCCCGCCGCUCACCCAGGGCCCAGCCCUCCAAACGUUAAGACCCCCUGGAGCCAGAGGAGUCCCCAGUCUGCCCCCUGCUGGCUGUUGUUUCUCUGCCCACGUUUUUGGGUGUUCUUGUUUUGUUUUGUUUUCUUUUCUCUCUGAUGGAGGCCUAGGAGGACACAGGAGCCCAAACAGGCAGCAUCAAACUAUGACUGCUUCCCUCUUCUCUCUAUAGCACUCCCCCACCGGCCGCCCGACUGCUGCCCCCGGGCCGGCUUCCCCCGCUCCUCUCUCUCUUCUUAGCCACCCAAGAGAUAAACGGUAUGAAUAUGCUGGACAUCUAGGCGCUGGAGCUACACACGCUGGGUUCAAGUCCCGGCUCCGCUGGCUGUGUGACGCCCAGCAAGUUACUCGAAACCUCCCUGAGUCCCACUUUCCUCCUCUGUAAAAUAGGGGCAGUCGUAGCUCCUGCCUCCUCGGGUGAGGGGCCCUCUGUGCGGCCCCAGGCACACGGUGACCCCGAGUUACAGCGAUCAGACUUGUUCUUCCUCCCUUUGAUUACUUUCUCUGCUGUCUGUCCUCACCCUGUCUGUCACCUUGAAAAUCUCUGAUGGGGCUCUCCCCAGACAAAACUCUUCAGUGACCCUGCAUCACCCUGAUUAGUAGACCGAACAAGUAUUCCACUGAGCGGCUAGGACCUGAGCUAGGGCAGUGAGUCGGGCAGACUAAAAUCACUGUCCUUGCAGGGCUGGCGAGCUGGAGAGGCACCAAAGUGAAACAGGCUGGUCCACCGCGGAAAGGACGCCGAGGGGACAGAGAGUGUGGAGGGGCAUUGACUUUAAAGCGUUGUUGUUGUUUCUUAAGUUUAUUUAUUUAUUUUUGAGAGAGAGAGAGCGUGCAAGAGCAUUCCAGCCGAGGGAGUGGCAGAUGGUCAGGGCUCAGAGGCAGCGAGUCAGGGUUACCAGGGGGCGGUGGGUGGAGCAGGGUGAGCUAGGACAGGAGGGCAGGGCAGGAGGGCCCCUGCAGUCACCAUACGGGACUCUGCCCUUUCCUGGAGUGAGAUGGGAAGCCGUCGAGGGUUCUGAGGAGGUGAAUGUGACUCCUGGUUGAACAGGGGCCACUCUGGCUGCUCACGGAGAUGAUGCUCAGGGCAGGUGGAAGCAGGGAGACCGGUUAUGAGGUCACUGUUGGAAUCCCACUGGGAGGUGACCGGGAUGGCCACCAGGGGGCAGCAGUGGGCUAAUGAGCCUGGCCGGGUUGAAGCCACAGCUAUUGAAGGGAGAGCCACAAGCGUCGUCCCAUCGUCCCAUCGACUGGAUGGGGGUGUAACAGAAUGGUCAGAGGUGACCCCAGGGAUGUGGGCCUAAUGUAUUCAUUCCCUGGAGCUGCGGUGACAGUGAACCCCGAUUGCGUGGGAAGUUUAUUCUCCACAUACGGAGAGCCACACAGUGUAGUCUAAGCCGGUUGCCUCGUUCCCACGUGUCCCUGUUUCUGUCUCUCCUCUUCUUGUGUGAGGACCCCAGUCACAGGAUUACCCCAUACGCCACUUGGUGACAGACUCCAGCAUGACCUCAUCUUAACUAAAGGCAUCUGCAAUAACCCUAUUUCUAAAUAAGGUCACAUCCUGAGGGACCCGGGGUUAGGCCUUGACCUGUCUGAGGGACGCAAUUCAGCCCACACUCCCACACAGCUGGAAGGCACUGCCAUUGACUGAGGUGCAGGGAGCUGCAGGGGGCAGUCCGGCAGCACACCAGAGGACGUGGGCAGUGGGAGGUGCUUCUCGGAACCCAAGGGGGGCAUGGAGAGGGUUGGUCUGGUGUCCUGGGUGAGGACCUGACUGAAGAUUUACCUCCGGGAGCCCUCGGCACGUAGAUGGCUUUUUGGGUCACGAGACUGGCUGAGUCCCCAGGGGUAUGGGAUGCGGAUAAAUGUGAGCAGGAGGCAGGCAAGGGAGCCAAAAGCUGCGGGGGAAGCCGCAGAACAUGGGGUCCUGGGGCCCACGGAGGAGGCGGUGUGCAAGAGACCACCUGUGGCAGUGCUGGGUCCUACGUGUGGACCUAGAAACAUGGUCGGGGGGAGGGAGUGCUCUUGGGUGUUGGUUAAGUGUUCAACUUCAGCUCAGGUCAUGAUCUCACGGUGUGUGGGUUUGAGCCCCGCGUCAGGCUCUGCGCCUACUUGGGAUUCUCUCUCAAUCUCUCUCUCUCUCCCCCCACCCCAAAUAAAUAAAUAAACUAGAAAAACAAAACAAAACAAAACAGUUAUUAAAAAAAAGAAAACAUGGUGGGGGCCCGAGAUGGGAGAGGGUCUGAGAGAGAAGGGAAGAAUUAGAAAAUCUUCAGUUGCAACCGUCGUAGUCAUGUUUGAUUUAGGCAGACGUCACCAGUGGAUGUGAAAACCCUGGAGUGUGAGAUUGCCGGGAACAGGAUGUCUCGAAGUUAUCUCCCCACGGGCUACUUACUCAUUACAAAGAGAAAAAGAGUCUUUACGCAGUACCGCGAGGCCCCCAAGGGAUCCAGCCGCACUGACGGGCGCACUGAGGAGGGCACAGUCCACUCUCUCGUGUCGUUGCCCCAAAUGCUCAGCCUGAAACCAUCCAAGGACCUCCAGAAAGAUCCCCGUGGAGGGGCUUUCUCCCAGACUGCUGGCUUGAAUGCUUCAAAAACGUCAGUGUGAUGAAAGAAAAAACAAAAAGGACAGAGAACUCUUUCUUAAAGGGAUAAACAGAUACAAACGAACGCAUGCGCGAAUCUUGAAUUGGCUCCCGUAUGGGGAAGAAAGCUAUAAAGGCCAUUGUUCAGACAGCGGACCUUAGACGGAUCAUAUACCAGCGUUCAGUUUCCCGAGGGUGCCCAUUGUUUUGGGGGUUUGUAGGAGAACGCCCACGCCCUUCUGUGCCAGGGGAGAGGUAUGCCACCACGCUGACUGCCAGCAGCUGCACCGCCGGGGGCCCCUCAACCUCUGCGAGGCCUGUGACAGCAAGUUCCACAGCGCCAUGCAUUAUGAUGGGCACGUCCGCUUCGACCUGCCUCCCCAAGGCUCUGUUCUGGCCAGAAACGUGUCUACCCGGUCAUGCCCCCCACGCACCAGCCCUGCAGCGGACUUGGAGGAGGAAGAGGAAAGCUCUCUGGAUGGCAAAGGGGACCGGAAGAGCACAGGCCUGAAACUCUCCAAGAAGGCAAGGAGGAGACACACAGAUGACCCCAGCAAGGAGUGCUUCACCCUGAAGUUUGACCUGAAUGUAGACAUUGAGACAGAGAUCGUACCAGCCAUGAAGAAGAAGUCGCUGGGGGAGGUGCUGCUGCCGGUAUUUGAAAGGAAGGGCAUCACGCUGGGCAAGGUGGAUAUCUACCUGGACCAAUCCAACACGCCCCUGUCCCUCACCUUUGAGGCCUACAGGUUCGGGGGACACUACCUGCGGGUCAAAGCCAAACCGGGGGACGAGGGGAAGGUGGAACAGGGAGUGAAGGACUCCAAAUCCCUGAGUCUGCCAAUCCUGCGGCCAGCCAGGGCCGGGCCCCCCUCCUUGGAGCGCGUGGAACCCCAGAGCCGCCGGGAGAGCCUGGAUAUCCUGGCCCCUGGCCGCCGCCGAAAGAACAUGUCGGAGUUCCUGGGGGAGACGAGCAUCCCUGGGCAGGAGGCCCCCACGCCUUCCAGCUGCUCUCUGCCCAGUGGUAGCAGUGGUGGCAGCGACAGCUGGAAGAACCGGGCGGCCAGUCGCUUCAGUGGCUUCUUCAGCUCGGGCCCCAGCACCAGCGCUUUGGGCCGGGAGGUAGACAGGAUGGAGCAGCUGGAGGGCAAGCUGCACGCCUACAGCCUCUUCGGGCUGCCGCGGCUGCCCCGCAGGCUGCGCUUCGACCACGACUCGUGGGAGGAGGAGGGGGACGAGGAGGAGGAGGAGGAGGAGGAGGAGGACGCCUGUCUGCGGCUAGAAGACAGCUGGCGGGAGCUCAUUGAUGGGCCUGAGAAGCUGUCCCGGAGGCAGUGCCACCAACAGGAGGCGGUGUGGGAGCUCCUGCACACAGAAGCCUCCUACAUUAAGAAACUGAGGGUGAUCACCAACCUGUUCCUCUGCUGCCUCCUGAACCUGCAAGAAUCGGGGCUGCUGUGUGAGGUGGAGGCCGAGCGCUUGUUCAGCAACAUCCCCGAGAUCGUGCGGCUGCACCGCGGACUGUGGGGCAGCGUGAUGGUGCCGGUGCUGGAGAAGGCGCGGCGCACGCGGGCGUUGCUGCAGCCCGGGGACUUCCUCAGAGGCUUCAAGAUGUUCGGCUCCCUCUUCAAGCCCUACAUCCGAUACUGCAUGGAGGAGGAGGGCUGCAUGGAGUACAUGCGUGGCCUGCUGCGCGACAACGACCUCUUCCGGGCAUACGUCACGUGGGCUGAGAAGCAUCAGCAGUGCCAGCGGCUGAAGCUGAGCGACAUGCUGGCCAAGCCCCACCAGCGGCUCACCAAGUACCCGCUGCUGCUCAAGUCAGUGUUGAGGAAGACCGACGAGCCGCGCGCCAAGGAGGCCGUCGUCACCAUGAUAGACUCGGUGGAGCGCUUCAUCCACCACGUGAACGCGUGCAUGCGGCAGCGGCAAGAGCGGCAGCGGCUGGCGGCCGUGGUGAGCCGCAUCGACGCCUACGAGGUGGUGGAGGGCAGCAACGACGAGGUGGACAAGCUCCUGAAGGAAUUUCUGCAUCUGGACCUGACAGCACCCAUCCCUGGCGCCUCCCCCGAGGAGACACGACAGCUGCUGCUGGAGGGGAGCCUGAGGAUGAAGGAGGGGAAGGACAGCAAGAUGGACGUGUACUGCUUCCUCUUCACGGACCUACUCUUGGUGACCAAGGCGGUGAAGAAGGCCGAGAGGACCAAGGUCAUCCGGCCGCCGCUGCUGGUGGACAAGAUUGUGUGCCGGGAGCUUCGAGACCCCGGCUCCUUUCUCCUCAUCUACCUGAACGAGUUCCACAGCGCUGUGGGGGCCUACACGUUCCAGGCCAGCGGCCAGGCUCUGUGCCGUGGCUGGGUGGACGCCAUUUACAACGCCCAGAACCAACUGCAGCAGCUGCGCACCCAGGAGCAGCCAGGCAGCCAGCCGCACCUGCAGAGCCUGGAAGAGGAGGAGGACGAAGAGGACGAGGACGAGGACGAGGAGGAAGCGGGGGAGAGUAGUGCUUCUGCCGCCAGCUCCCCCACCAUCCUGCGCAGGAGCAGCAACAGUCUCAACUCCCAGCACUGUGCCUCAGAUGGCUCCACGGAGACCCUGGCCAUGGUUGUGGUGGAGCCUGGGGAGCUGCUGUCCUCUCCCGAGUUCGAGGGUGGCCCCUUCAGCUCCCAGUCGGACGAGACCUCUCUCAGCACCACUGCCUCAUCUGUCACGCCCACCAGCGAGCUGCUGCCCCUGGGGCCCGUGGACGGCCGCUCCUGCUCCAUGGACUCUGCCUACGGCACCCUCUCCCCCACCUCCCUGCAAGACUUUGUGGCCCCAGCCCCUGUGGUGGAGCCAGCGCCCCGGCCCCCAGAGUUACCACAGGCCCCUUCACCCCCACCCUCACCCCAUCUCCGCCGCCGCACCCCUGUCCAGCUGCUGCCCCGCCCGCCCCACCUGCUCAAGUCCAAAUCUGAGGCUAGCCUCCUCCAGCUGCUAUCAGGGGCCACUGCCCGUGGAGCGCCCCCGGCCCCCAGCCGCAGUCUGUCAGAACUCUGCUUGGCCGUUACGGUCUCUGGCACGAGGACUCAGGGCUCCCCUCAGGAAGCCGGGCCCAGCUGGGUUCACCAGGGGGCACCUAGCCCUGGCAGUGGCCCCAAGCUAUCAGAGCUGGAGGGCAGAACCAGCUGCCCAGCUGGGGCGCCCGAAAGACCCACCAGGAGGAGCAGAGAGCUGUCCUUGGGGGCCUCACCCAGGGUGCAGCCCGAGCCCCACCCAGGGAUCUCUGCCCAGCACCGGAAGCUGACGCUGGCCCAACUGUACCGAAUCAGGACCACCCUGCUGCUUAACUCCACGCUCACUGCCUCGGAGGUCUGAGCAGAGGGAGGCCCCCGAGGGUGCCACUGACCGAGAGACAGCAAACAGCAUGCCUCCUGGGGCAUCCGGGUCCCUGCUCCGGCUGCUGCCCGCACAGUAGCCAGAGCGCCGGGCAGGACCCCUGAUUUGCACUUUGCCAGACUGGAUGGAAGUGGAGGAGGGCUCAGCAGAGCUCCAGGCCCAGGCCGCAGUACUUCCUCAGGACUCCCCCCAAGGCCACCCCCACUAACCUGUCCAGCCGACCCCCGCAGGGUCCCUUGUUCGCUGCUCCCUGAAGUCACCAGCUCCAAUCCUGGGGUGGGCUCCAGGGCGGCCUUUCCCACCUCCACCCUCAUCCGGCCCCAAACGGGAUGUUUGCUCUCCUGUCCUUGCCUCCCUCUCUCCCAGGCCCACUGGCCACCCCAGGCUCGGGUUGGGCUCUGUGUAAAGUUGCAUAUUUAUUGAGCUUUUGAUUCUUUUAUAAAGACUUGUAUAUACUA